AUGAAUUAUUUAUUAUUGUGAAUAAUGUUACAGGAGCUGGUUCCAGUGGGAGAGGUAGAGAGGAAUUGGCGAGGCGUACUCAUCGCACUAGUGGUAAUCCUCUUCGUCCUGGGACUUAUUCUUGUGUCCACUUUAGCUUUAAGCCCUCCUGACCGGGGACCUAGGGCCACUCUUCCCAAAGUAAGCCUUAGAAACAUCACCACCGGAGCCUUCUUCUGGAAGAAUAACGCUUCAUGGAUAUCAGAUUACGAAGUUUCGUACAGAGAUGCACGUGGUGGUAUCAGCAUUUUCAACAUAGAGAAUGACACAACUUACCAGUUUAUCACAAACUCGACUUUUCGAAUGCUCAACGCUGUAGACUUCAGAAUAUCUUCGGACAAAAGGUUCAUCGUAUUCAUAUCUGAUAUAAGGAAGGAGUACAGUCACAGAUCCGACGCACUCUACACCAUUAUGGAAAAGGAAUCCGCAACGCGCCAUGCAGUAGGACCAAAGGAUACCAACUUUGAAGAGACCACUUACAGGAUACAAAGGUUCCAAUUCACCCCUACGGGAAAUGCAUAUGCUUUCAUUCACCAUAAUGAUCUCUACUACUGUAACUCCUCAUUCAGCAGAAAUCCCUCAAGAAUUACAAACAGCUUAAGCGCAAAAGUAACAAAUGGGAUACCAGAUUGGCUAUACCAGGAAGAAAUUUUCAAAGACGAUGUAGCUUUUUGGUUCUCACCUGACUCCUCACACUUAGCCUAUGCUUCCUUCGAUGAUACUCUUGUUAGUGAAGUGUCCAUACCCACUUACGUUUCUCAAGCUCAAGAAGGAGUGGUGACCAUUCCAUAUCCCAAGCCUGGAACACCAAAUCCAAUAGUUACUCUGUUUGUAGUCCAUUUAAAGAACUCCAACUUUCCAAAGAUUCAACUAAGUUCACCAAAGUCAUUUCAAACAGCACAUGGGUAUUUGCUGAAAGUUCAUUGGGCAUCAGACAAACAACUGGAUGUUGUUUGGAUGAGCAGAGGUCAAAACUCCUCCAUUUACAUGACAUGUAUUGCUCCUGACUUUAAUUGUACAAAGACCUACUUCGAAAAAGGUUCUGGAGAAGAUGACUUAGUCCCCCUCAACCCUAGGCAAUGGAGAUGGUCUCUAGUUCCUUUGUCACUUCAUGGAGUAUUUGAUUCUUAUAUGUACUUUGAAGCUUCUCCUCCAGGUAGACCAUCUGAAAGACAUUUGUAUAGAACCCUUGAAAACAAGAAUAAUGAAGAAUGCCUUACAUGUCCUGUGAACAAAACUGAGAAGAACACAACAUGGCCACCAUUUAGAACUGAACAAUGCAUCUUCACCAAAUCAACUUUUUCACUUCUUGGAAAGUUUUACAUGCUGGAGUGUUUAGGUCCUGAGGUACCAUCAGUGCAUAUCAUUGACACCGCUACAAACAUCAAACUAUUUACAUUCGAAGACAACAGACACCUGAGAGUUAAAUAUGAUAGCCUAUCAAUACCUCAAACAAAAAUAUUCCAAAUAGAAACUGAUGAGGGACACAAAGCAAGUGUCAAAUUGCAGAUGCCAGCUGGACUACGGACCAAUGAAGAAAUGACAUUUCCGCUUGUGGUCAAACUGUCCUAUAAGCCAGGUGAAGUUUGUGUGACCCAUAAAUGGCAAGUUGACUUCUCAACAUACUUAGCCAGCAAGAAAAAUUUCCUUGUAUUGGAAAUACAACCCAGCUCUAGGAAACAUGAAAUCAAGGAUCAUAUUGCAGUUAUCAGAUACAUUACUGAAAUGGACUUCGUGGACCCCAGCAAGGUAUCCAUAUUGGCUUAUGGUUAUGGAGGAUAUUUGGCUCCCAAAUUGCUGUCAGAGAAACCUAAGAUGUUCAAGUCCAUCGCCAUUUUAUCGGGCAUAUUCAGUUGGCCUAAUUAUAAUUCCUUUUGGAGCGAGCGUUACUCCCUGGAUGACGACGUGACGUACGCGGCAAGGGACCUGAAGGGGCACGACUUGCUGCUCCUCCAUGGGACGCUAGACCUCUCGGCCCAUUACCACCAGGCGAUGAUAUUCUCAAAGGCCCUCAUUGAAGCUGGCAUCCUCUACAGCCAUUUGGCAUACCCGGAUGUUGGAGGAGACUUAAAAGGAAGUGAAGAGCAUGCUUACAGCGCCCUUGAAGACUUCUUCGAUAGAACCCUGUCACCGAUAGAUUACACGGAAUGGGAAACCGGAUCCACUUACUUCAGCUUUCGAAACUGA